AUUUGAAAAGUCGCCAUGGCUUUCUCGGUGAUUUGCUGCGAAACACAGAGCAGGGUGAGCUCGGUGCUAAACAGAGAUGUGAAGCAGUAUGGAAAGAAGUACAUGUUUGACUGCAAUGAAGAGACAUGCUGGAACUCAGACCAGGGCGAAUGUCAGUGGGUGUCUCUGGAGUUUCCCCAGUCUGUCAGGGUGUCAGAGCUAAAUGUCCAGUUCCAGGGAGGCUUCUCAGCAAAAACAUGCAGACUAGAAGGUUGCCCAAAAGAUGGAGACUUUACAGUGAUCGGCCAUUUUUACCCAGAAGACAACAACUCGCUUCAGAGCUUUCCCAUACAGGAGGCCCCUGCAGUGGACAAAGUAAAAAUAAUGUUUGAGAAUAGCGCUGACUUUUUUGGGAGAAUAAUUAUUUAUUCCUUGGACAUCCUGGGGGAAAAAGCUUCAUGACAAUUUUUUUAAACCUCUCAUGAGAGAGGAAAUGACCCCUGAGUAAAGUACAGGACACAGGAUGGUGUGGUGGCACUUGGGAAACAUUGUCAUCUGCGCUGCCACCUCUUCAGCUGAUGUGAAUGUGGCCUUUUUUGGUAUGGACACUGUCAGGGAUCUGUCAGGCAAUCUCUCUUCAUCGCUCAAGGACAGGAGGCUUGGCAUGGAGUCUGAAUCAGAGUACAGAUUUAAUGGGUGUGUUGUGACGACAAGCGCACUUGUAAUCCAUACCGAUAUUGUGCCUUUGAGCUGAAGCAGCAUUCCAGUGGAACAAACAGUAUAAAAAUACAUUUUUAUUAAAACUUGUUUACAGUC